UUACCGUAUCUGGAGAUGGACUUUGGAUCUUCUACAUCAUCUAACGCAACACCCCCACCCAACAAAGCAAACAAAGGAAGACCAAGAUGAUGAAGCGGAUGCUGAUCCACCAAGGCCAACGACAUUUCAGUAUGAGGAGUAUUCGGCGCUUGUCAUCACUUCUCCAGAGGAAUUGUACCAACAGAAACACAGCCGAAACCCAACGAAGCAGAAGCUACAGCACGACAUCACUACUUCGAAAAGUACCAAGUUCCGACAUUCCCGUGUUAUUACAACACGAAUUGGACCCUCGCAUUCAGAUUGAUACGAAUCGGUACGAACUGGAACGUCAUGGACGUGGGGAAUCGCAUCAUCCAUCGCGUCCUCCCAGUGCCAUUUGCUAUCCGACCAAUGCGGACGAUGUCGUUCAAAUUGUCCAACUCUGCCAUGCCCGCCGCAUUCCCAUGAUUCCCUUUGGCGUCGGCACUUCGGUGGAAGGACACGUCUGUGCCCUCCACGACGGCACGGUCAGUAUCGAUACACGUCUACUGCAGGACCUGCAAUUACCAGAUUUUGACACUGCUAGCGAUGAUUGGCCCGAUCCCAUGGCGACCGUGGGAGCGGGUGUGACGCGCAAGACCCUCAAUACGGCCCUUCGUCAUUCCGGUCUUCAAUUUGUGGUGGAUCCUGGAGCGGAUGCCACACUCGGUGGCAUGACGGCGUGUGGCGCCAGUGGGACCACGGCGGUUCGGUACGGGACCAUGCGCGAAAACUUGUUAGCUUUGCAAGCCGUCUUGCCGAAUGGCGAACGAGUUCAGUGUGGCACUCGGGCUCUCAAGAACAGUGCCGGAUACGAUUUGUUGGGAUUGUUUUGUGGUUCCGAAGGCACGCUCGGUGUCAUUACCGAAGUCACGGUCAAAUUGCAUCCCAUUCCCGAUCAUGUCAUGGCGGCCGUUUGUGUCUUUGAUACGCUGCGACAAGCCGCUCAAGCCGUGGCCAGUCUCAAAUUUCAAUCAGUCACGGCAAUGACACGCUGCGAAUUGCUCGAUGCAAGUGCCGUGGCCGCCUUUAAUCAGUACAACCACAACAACAAUUCUUCUUCAUCUGUUGUCCCCACCAUGAGCGAACAACCCACCCUCUUUUUGGAAGUCCAAGGCAACGACGAGGCGUCCUUGGAAGCCGAAUUGACACGGAUACGACAAAUCUGUUGUGACGAAAACAAUGGAUAUCAAUUCCAACACUGUUCCGAUCCGGAUGAACGAGCCGCCUUGUGGGCCGCACGGCACGAACUCUACUAUGCCAGUAUUCAUUUGCGACAGGCCGCUACUACUUCUACCAGCGACAACAUGAGCGCCGUCUUGACCGAUGCCUGUGUGCCACUUUCGGAGUUUGCCUCCAUUUUGGAAGCCACGGCCCGCGAUGUCCAAGAACAGAACGUGGUCGGACCCAUUUUUGGGCAUGCCGGAGAUGGUAACUUUCAUACCAUUCUUCCCAUUUUCGUACAAGACGAGAAUCCCGACUACCUCGAACGCGUUCAUGCCGUCAAUGAUCGACUCAUUCAACGGACUCUGGCCGUCGGAGGAACGUGUACCGGAGAACACGGCGUCGGCUAUGGCAAGUCCCACUAUCUUGCACAACAAUAUGGCACCGGUGCCGUCGAUAUGAUGCGCGCCAUCAAACAAGCCGUCGAUCCGCACAAUCUCAUGAAUCCGGGAAAAGUCAUUCCUGAUGUCAAAUAAUUCCUUGUCAUGAUUGAGAAUCCUGGUUUGGUCUGAUGUUGCCAACAAUGCCACAGGCGUGUUGAUGUGCCGUGGUCAGCUUUUGAGUUGGCCGACCAAAGAAACUCGGGCACAACCCAGCAUUUAUACACAACAACUUCUGCAUACAAACUAGUAGCCAUUGUCUAUUGGAUAUCGUUUGGGCUUCAUGUACCACUCCCGCCAUGGUAAAAAACUGGUUUUGUUGCAAGCCCAUCAUGAGCUCUUCCAUGCGGUAACAAUUCAGGGAACGAGAGGGCCAAGAAAAGAUGACAUGGAAGAGAGCAACCAUCAAGACGGCAAAAUGAACGCCAUGGUGCCUUCUUCCUAUUCACGAAAAUGAAUGAUGCCUUGGUGGAAUUGACUGCUGCCUCCUCGCAAUCUCGGAGUUGCGUCUAAUUCAAUCGGUCAGUCGUGACACGCAAGAAAGAAAAGUCGUGGGAGUACAUUUUUGCUCGGAUUUGGGUUGUGCAAGAGCUCUAGCCAAUGUGUUGACUCCUUGUCGUGCUUGGCUGUGAGUUGAACUUCUCGACAAAAAGUGAGGCCACUCCGCCUAACUAACAACACACAACAACUUACUAGUAAUAGCCACCGCCUUUCUUCUGAACCUAUCAGAUUUCUGUUGGGGCUUCUGUACUCGACCUGCAAAAGCCCGGUCAGCAAGUGAAUACCGUACGAGGCUGCCAUCCAUCUUUGUGAAUGGAGCGUGGGUUCCGUAGCGUGGAAGUUUGGCAGAUCACGUGUGGAUCUUAUCAGACGAAAAUUUUCAGCUCGGUACAAAUACUUUCGUGUCGAUAACCAGUCAUACUUAGCACUUGAAACAGUGGUGGGUGGACAACAAAACGGACAAAUCCCAGAAUGCUGGCAUGCGACGUGACCAGCGCCAAACAAUGUAU